UCGCGCGUGCGCUCUCGCCGGGGUCCUUCUCCCAGAAGUCCUCUCGCGUCGUCCUCCUCGCCCUCCAGGCCGCUCGUGUUUAACAGGAGUCAGCUCGCCUCAGCGUUGCCUUCCGCUGUCCGCCAGCCAUCAUGCUGCCCGCCGCGUUGCUCCGCCGUCCGCGUUUGGGCCGCCUCGUACGCCAGGUCCGCGCCUACGCCGAGGCCGCCGCUGCUCAGGCCCCUGCGGCGGGUCCGGGACAGAUGUCCUUCACCUUUGCCUCACCCACGCAGGUGUUCUUCAACGGCGCCAAUGUCCGCCAGGUGGACGUGCCCACGCAGACCGGCGCCUUCGGCAUCCUUGCAGCCCAUGUGCCCACAUUGCAGGUCCUGCGGCCAGGCCUGGUUGUGGUCCACGCUGAGGAUGGCACCACCUCCAAAUACUUCGUGAGUAGUGGCUCUGUCACAGUGAAUGCUGACUCCUCCGUGCAGUUACUGGCUGAGGAAGCCGUCACCUUGGACAUGCUGGAUCUGGGGGCAGCCAAAGCGAACCUGGAGAAGGCACAGUCGGAGCUGUUGGGGGCAGCAGACGAGGCCACUCGGGCUGAGAUCCAAAUCCGCAUCGAGGCCAACGAGGCCUUGGUGAAGGCUCUGGAGUAGGCGGUGCCUGCCUCACACUGGUCCAGCCGGGAGACCGGGCUGGAGCUGGGCAAGGGUGGCCUGGCAUGAAGACCCAGCUCCCUGUGGGUGCAGGCUGACAGGGAGCGGGCCUGCGGGGAGCUGUCCUGUUAAAAAGCCACUAGGGGGCAGCACAGUGCCAGUUUCUGCCCAGAGCGCCUCUUGGGGCCCUCCCCCUUUAUGCUAAAUAAACCCAGGGAAAACAACCCAGCUCUGGCAGGUCGGUGGCUGGGGGCAAGCUGGGACACUUGCCCUGCCCGCAAGGAAUGCUGUCCCCCUGGGGGGGGUCUCCUGCCAUCUGCACCACCACUCUGCCCCUGCAGUGUCUGCUGCAGAGACUGUUGCUCCUAGCCACCGCCAGCAGACAGCCUGCCCCCUGCCCAGCCCAUAUUAAAGACCUGGGAUUCAA